AUGCAUAGCACUACCGUACCUGUGCUGCUACGUAGACUGAUCUUUCCAGUCUAUCAUUUCAAGGUUUUCCCCAAGAUAAAGAAAGCAGUGCACAAAUCUGACCUUGAAAAGGAGUUGCAACUCAAGUACGAUGAAAUAAAACGCGAGGCUAUUAGGACGGGCUUCAACAUGGGCCGCUACUACCCCCCCUCCGCCUCCUCCGCGCCCUCUUUCAACAAAUCCCACCCCCUCGGCGCCCGCGCGCGCAAACUCCCGCAAGGCAUCCUGACCGUGCGCUUCGAGAUGCCCUUCGCCCUCUUCUGCGAGCACUGCAAGCCCGAAGUCGUCAUUGGACAGGGCGUGCGCUUCAACGCCGAGAAGAAGAAGGUCGGAAACUAUUAUUCUACGCCUGUAUGGAGUUUCCGCAUGAAGCAUACGAUUUGUGGCGGGUGGAUUGAGAUACGCACGAAUCCGAAGGAGGGGAAGUAUGAGGUUAUUGAGGGGGCGAGACGGAGGGAUGGGCGGGAGGAGGAGGAGUUUGGGGCGCUGAUAUUUGGGGAUGAGCUUGCGGAUGGGGAGGGGGCGAUGUUGACGGAGGAGGAGAGGGAGAGGAGGAGGACGGAUGCGUUCGCGGCAUUGGAGGGGAACGUGGGUGAGAAGCAGGUGGAGAAGAAGAGUAAAGAAAGAAUUGAGGAGUUGGUGGAGGCGCAGGAGAGGGCCUGGCAGGAUCCGGAUGCUGUUAAUAGGCGGUUGAGGAGGGGGUUUAGGGCGGAGAGGAAGGUGUUGGAGAAGAGGCAGGCGCAUACGGAGGGCAUGCAGGAGAGGUUCGGGAUUGGGUUUGAGAUUGUGGAUGAAGUGGAGGGAGAUAGGAUUCGUGCUGGGGUGGUUGAGUUUGGGGAGCUUGGGGUUGGGGAUGUUGGGAAGGCUGUGCGGAAACCCCUCUUUGCCUCCGAGGCGUCAGCAAUCAAGGCAGCGGAUGUGAAGAAGAGUGGGAAAGGUGAUAAGAAGACUCGGGCGGCACGCGAGGCUGAGAAGAGAAGGGAGCUUCUACAGCACGAACUUCGUGGGAAUACACGGGCUGUUAUGGACCCAUUCCUCACGGCUUCCCCGAGGUCCUCUAACAACGACACCACCCUAAAAGUCAUUGCAGGCAUCAAACGAAAACGCACGGGAGAGUCUGAAAAGUCAGGCACGAGCAAGGCAGAUCAAAUUACGACCCCUAGACUCGACAGAGUAGAAGUCACGAGCUGUCGGCAAGAUGUCUUGAAGCCUCCUCCGCUUCUUGUAGCAUACGAUUCCGAUUGAGGCAAGGGAAAUGGGAAUAUCAUGAUCACGGCAUAUUGAAUUUCAAGCAUUUAACGGCGUUCUAUACCCAUAGAGAAUUAUUGGAAGCUGUAUUAGAGCACAUCAAAUAUACCACAUUUGAGCAUUGAAUGAAUGCUUCAUUGACCGCAACGGGAUGUCAAUGUUUGAAUUCUAAGAAGUCUCAGAUAAGUUAUGUGGUACACUUUUUAUCUGCACUCUCAGUUACCACGGCUUGGGGUGCUCUAAUAUGGCUUCCGAGUUCCGGACAAGAUAUAAGGUCUGCUACACCAGGAAUCAGACGCUCACCGUUCUAAUUCACUCGAUAACCGGCUUCUUACGUGGACCACUCCAGACAGCGGUGUCCAAGAUUCACAGAUAGUACCAAGCAGUAGCAAAUCGGGAUACAGAGACUUGCGACCCAGCACCAUAGUACAGUGAAAAGGGAUGACUCGGCGAUACGGCCAUAUAUUGAAAUGACCAAGUAGA